AUGUGGCACUUCACAGAAAGCAAUCCACAGGUUCCAGCAUCUCACAGGUUAAAACGACAGCAGAAUAUGGGGGUGAACGAAUAUUGCAGCUCGGAGACCAGCUCGGAUGUCUGCUGGGGGUGCGAGCCCCUUAGACACAGAAGCUUUUAUCCGAGUAUGAGAGAGGUGUGGGAGGAUGAAUGGAUCAAGCAGAUGGAUGAUAAAUAUCUUAAUGGCGUCCAGUUCCAUCCAUUGCUGGAUAUAGGUGGCGUAAAGCGGAAACCUCUGAGGUGUUUAGUGUCAUGGUCUGGACAUGUGGAAUGAAUGGGCACUGACUUUGAAGAGGAACGUUUCUAAUCUUUUUAUUUUUUUCUUCAAGUACUUAAGUGUUUCAGCAAAGACAGCUCCCGUAAGAUAAAAUAAGAGCAGACAUAUCCGGCUGCCUCCUUAGAUAGUGGCUGACAUAGGUCGCUCACAGCGCCGCUAAGAUGGCUGACAUAGAGACUGAGCUGCAUCGAGUUUAGCAAAGUCCAAUGGACAGUGACAUGAAGGCGCCCACACAGGAUAAAACUGCUGGAAUGGGCAAUCGGUUUUACUGAGGCUCAUUCACUUAACCCAGGACUGUGGAGAACUGCAAUGUAUACGCCAAAAUAGCCAAAUUGGAAACAUACGCCAAGUCAGCUAUUUCUCCAGCUUCGAUAUUUAGGCAGAAAAAUUGGUGUUAACUGGCGUUUAAUUUGCAUGCGUUAUACUUUAUGUGUCUCCAUCACUUGUUUGAGCUAUUUUAGAGUCGCCAUUAUCUAUAUAACUGGUUUCACCCUGUGACAAAAGUAACCUCGCCACUUGUACUUGGUGGGGCCUGCUUGCCAGUCUCCUGCCCACAGAAUAUGGGCCCUGCAGGGAAACCUUUAAAAGACUACCGAACUUGACCGACUGUUAGCACUGAUUUCCCAGGAACUGUUUUCGGCAUGAAAACCUUGCGGUUCCCGGUCGGUCCUCCAGCGGCACUUAGCCUCGAUUCUAUGGAACUGUUUUGGGCAUGAAAUCCUGUGUUCGCCUGAACCCCUGAUCUGAUCUGGGUGAUUUUUGGAUAUGUUGGUCACCCAGAUCAGGGCUAUCAGGGGAUAUGCUGUGUUUUGGGGUACUUAAUGGACUUUAUAAAAAUGUGUGGGUUUUUUUUUCUGCCUGGGGAUAAUUAAGUUAAAGGGACACUAGAGUCACCUGAACAACUUUAGCUUAAUGAAGCAGUUUUGGUGUAUAGAACAUGCCCCUGCAGCCUCGCUGCUCAAUCCUCUGCCAUUUAGGAGUUAAAUCCCUUUGUUUAUGAACCCUAGUCACACCUCCCUGCGUGUGACUUGCACAACCUUCCAUAAACACUUCCUGUAAAGAGAGUCCUAUUUAGGCUUUCUUUAUUGCAAGUUCUGUUUAAUUAAGAUUUUCUUAUCCCCUGCUAUGUUAAUAGCUUGCUAGACCCUGCAAGAGCCUCCUGUAUGUGAUUAAAGUUCAAUUUAGAGAUUGAGAUACAAUUAUUUAAGGUAAAUUGCAUCUGUUUGAAAGUGAAACCAGUUUCGAGUUUCCUGUUCAGGAGUUUGAGUAUUCGUGUGUUUGCAAUUCGGGAGAUUCCCAUCUGACCAAUGGAUGUUUUGUGCAGAUUGCUGCCAUAUAUCUCUUAUAAACCCAGACUGGGCAGAGAUUAAUAAAUACGCUUGGUGCUGCCACUAAGGAACCAAGGGGCGACUACGUUUGGCUGAGCCCGGCUGAACUACGCUAAGACCACUGCAGGAAACUGCAAAAUUUAGGACUUUUUAGCAAACUUUGGACCAGAAGCAGCAUUUCAAUUCUUUAAUUAUGUAUUCACUGAUUAGAUAUUUUCAACUGAUAUAAUGCAUUUAGAUAUUAAGGUGAUGACCAGCUGGGAGCGUUGCUUUAAUAACACGCCUCUGGUGAUGACUGCAUGGCGUCCGUCAGAUUAUAAAGUUAUGAUAUAUUGCCUCUUUUUCUUUCCAGUGUCAAUGUCUGCGCCGCCCAGUGCUGCCCAGGAUGGACUGUGGCCCCAAAGACUGGGACAUGCACCCGAGGUGAGGGUUUUACAGAUGUUUAACGUGCCUUCAAUACAUGGGAGAGCAUUUACUUGUAAAUGUAUUAUUCAUUAUUUUUACUCUAUAAUAAGACCAAUUAGGCAGCUGCCCACGAUAGCUGCACACUUCCUGGGCCAUGGUCUCAUGCACCUCUUAGAGCGUUGCUGUCACUGUGAAUGCAUUAACCAGGUCCUCUCAUUCAAGAUUUUCCUGCGUCCUCGCAAACUUCAGAGCGUCCUCCGCUACUCUCUAUUAGCAGGCAUAUCCCAUAGACUUAUCAUUACACAUUAUUAUCCAAAAUCUCACCUAAAGCUUCCUGAAACACAUACAGAUGAUUCUCAUACCGACUUUCCCAGAAAAUAAGACCGGGUCUCGUAUUAAUUCCCCCUGCCCCCACCCUGAAAAAUGCACCAAGGCUUAUUUUCGGGGGAGGUCUUAUUUCGGGGAAAAACGUGUGCUAGAAAGUAGGUCUACAUUCAAGGGAAUUCCCCUGGACAUAGACCAGUUCACUAGGGCAUGGAAUCCUGCAAAUAUAUGUUUGGGGAAACUUCCACGAACAUGGAUGAGCUCACUCUCGAAUGAAAUCCCGCGAAUCUGUGUACGAGGAAAAUUCCCCGAACAUAGAUUAGCUAGGGCUUAUUUUCGGGGGUUGUCUUAUAUUUGGGGAAACACAGUAGCUGAUCAGAUACAGUACAGUCCGUACUUGCACUGUCCCUUUAAGAUCGAUUGGUCACAAACUCUGUUAUCACUGCUUACGUGAUGCUGUAUUACGGUAUAUAGACACAUCAGUACAAACUGAACAGCGGAUCCGGCCCGUGAGAUUAAUAUCUGCAUUUCUAACAGUUUAUGCAAAGAUAGCCCAUGUCAAAGAGAUAAAACAUUCAGCAAAUGUAAUGAAUAAAUGAAAUAUAACGCCGUAUAAGGUUACAGUUUAUUAAAAAACAGAAUAUCAGGCAUGUGGUAUAUUGUGUAUGUCUAAACACAUGUAUAUAAUAUAUUAUAUUUGCAUAAUGAGUUGAUUUUAAAUUUAUAUCAUUCCAAGAAAAAUCAAUGUUCAGUGCAGUAAUAGCUAAUGUUUGCAUUUCAUAUGUUUGUAAACUACACUUCCCAUGAUCCUUAGCAAGCCUAAAGCUACUAAUACUUGUAUAUGAUUGGUUACAUUAAGCUCCUAUUCACUAAGCAGCAAGGGGAGUAGAUUUGAAAAUUGUAUUGUACAAUUCCGACUAAAAUAAGCCAAGUUCUGAUUCUAUGUUUCCAAAUCAGUUACUUUAGCAUAAAUAUUUCAAUUCACUCCAAUCUGGUGUUUAGUAAACAAACCCCUUAAAGUAUUCUAUUUUUUGAAUGUUUUACAGCCAUUUGCACCCCUCGCUGCAAGAAUGGGGGUCUGUGCAAGAAACCACAGACGUGUGUGUGUAAAUCGGGCUUUGUGGGGACGCGAUGUGAAAAACGGACAUCUUCCUCCAUACACAUUGGGGUACAAGAAAGACUAUUUAAUACAUCGUCUUCAUCGCUGGGUCCGUGCACGGCCUGUGAAGCUGUGACACCGACAUUCCGCCCAGCGUCACCCACUCCUAUUACCAUCACUACAUCCACUGCGACAACCACAAUGCCAGUAACUAAUAUGGAUGUGCCCAGUAAACUGAAAUACAAUAAAGGCAAGCUAGCCGUCCAACCAGCCAAGAAUAGGAUCUCGCUUAAAUGGCAAUCACUGAGGUAAGUCCCAGAUAUCCUUUCACUGUCUUUCAGGGUGAGAAUUGCUGGAAUUAAAAAUUAAUUUGAAAAUUAAAGUGUCCCUCUCUGUCCAUUUGAAAUGCUGGGACAUAUGAUAUUGGAUAUACAGUCUGCUCCUCCCACUGCAGGGCGACACAGACAGAAGGAGCUAUGGGACACGGAAUCUGUCCCUCCCACUGCAAGGUGACACAGACAGAAGGAGCUAUGGGACACAGAGUCUGUCCCUCCCACUGCAGGGUGACACAGACAGAAGGGAACUAUGGGACACGGAGUCUGUCCCCUCCACUGCAGGGUGACACAGACAGAAGGAGCUAUGGGACACGGAGUCUGUCCCUCCCACUGCAGGGUGACACAGACAGAAGGAGCUAUGGGACACACAGUCUGUCCCUCCCACUGCAGGGUGACACAGACAGAAGGAGCUAUGGGACACAGUCUGUCCCUCCCACUGCAGGGUGACACAGACAGAAGGAGCUAUGGGACACGGAGUCUGUCCCUCCCACUGCAGGGUGACACAGACAGAAGGAGCUAUGGGACACGGAGUCUGUCCCUCCCACUGCAGGGUGACACAGACAGAAGGAGCUAUGGGACACGGAGUCAGUCCCUCCCACUGCAGGGUGACACAGACAGAAGGAGCUAUGGGACACGGAGUCUGUCCCUCCCACUGCAGGGUGACACAGACAGAAGGAGCUAUGGGACACGGAGUCUGUCCCUCCCACUGCAGGGUGACACAGACAGAAGGAGCUAUGGGACACGGAGUCUGUCCCUCCCACUGCAGGGUGACACAGACAGAAGGAGCUAUGGGACACGGAGUCUGUCCCUCCCACUGCAGGGUGACACAGACAGAAGGAGCUAUGGGACACAGAGUCUGUCCCUCCCACUGCAGGGUGACACAGACAGAAGGAGCUAUGGGACACGGAGUCUGUCCCUCCCACUGCAGGGUGACACAGACAGAAGGAGCUAUGGGACACUGAGUCUGUCCCUCCCACUGCAGGGUGACACAGACAGAAGGAGCUAUGGGACACAGAGUCUGUCCCUCCCACUGCAGGGUGACACAGACAGAAGGAGCUAUGGGACACGGAGUCUGUCCCUCCCACUGCAGGGUGACACAGACAGAAGGAGCUAUGGGACACGGAGUCUGUCCCUCUCACUGCAGGGUGACACAGACAGAAGGAGCUAUGGAACACGGAGUCUGUCCCUCUCACUGCUUACGGAAGAUGGAGAUAAGUCUGUAGGUGAAGCUUGUGGCCCCAGUCUCACUGAGUAGGUUUAUUUAAUCUUCAGAAAUCCUUUAGGAUAACACUAUGAGGUUGUUUUCAACGUAUUACAGAUGGCUUAUAAUUGCAGCAUAUAACGGGUUACCCGUUAUAUUUGGAACAAAACUAUUUCAGAAGCCAAACAAAUGAAUUACCAAAUUAUGGCGCUUUUAGCCGAUGGGGACUUGUACUAAACAGCUGAAAGACCAGAAUUAAGAAAAACCCUCUAUUAUUUUGUACUUUCGGUUGUUUAGUAGAUAAGUCCCUAAUUCACUUUAAAUUCUCACUUAAGUUAAUAACCCUGACAGUUUUCUAUUAAACACCAUUUACAGUGAUUUGUUAAUUAUUGUUUUUACCAUAAGUGACCACUAGGGGACACACUCGUCUAACAUUUGUAUGGAUUUUCUUUCUUUUACGAUACUAGCACGGUAAGGGUCUUUGGUAACUCUGGUAACAAUCGCUAGUCUGAAGACCUCCAACACGGCUAUGGUCACCAUUUGGUUCUUUAAUCCGGAAUUUCACCACUCACGUUUUAAUUCCCCACCAAUCAGUGUUCAGUAAAUAAUUAACCCAUUGAUGUAUGAUUUCAUCAAAUAUCAGACAGAUGUUUAAAUCAGAUUCUGGCUAACUGAUUCAGGUAAUUUAGAAUAUUCCAUUAUCUUUUCCCUAUUCUGGCAGUGACACCUAUUGACUAAAUCUUGUAAAAAUGUUUUGAAUUAAUAUUAUUAUUGGUAUUUAUAUAGCUCCAGUUUAUUCCACGCUUUACAAUAAAAGGGUUAUUUAACAAAUGAGACAACAGCGAAAUGUUACAGGAACAAUAGGUAGAUGAGGACCCUGCUCAUACAGGCUUACAGUCUAGAACUGACUGUGGUUCACUGAAUAAACCUCUGAUCAUGUUUGUAAUCCAUUCUAGAGGAAGUUAUGACUUUGUGAUGGAGUACUCUAUCCAGCAAUGUGUCAAUCGUGAGUUAAAGAAACAGUUCAAUCACCACAACAACAACAACCUGUGUUUACAAAUGGUUUCACGAAUUAGCUAG